AAUCUAUCAGCGGAACAGUUAAUGACAUCAAUACUAAGGGCUUGGCGGAUGCGUGCUUUGCAUAUUUACUGCAAUCGUCUGUGUCACACAUGCUUCCAGAGUUAUGUACAUAGUGGGUGACAGUAUAGCAUUACAUGGUUAUGGAAGCUGGAUUUGCACAGCCCCGUUACAAUACCCUAUGCUGUAUGUCGUGGAAAUGGAGACAUGGCGUUACAUUGGGUGUAUAAUUAUACAUUAAUGAUUACGUCUGUAAACAUCGGGAUAAUGGAUUAGCUCCAGGGUAAAUCUCUCAUAUGAUGAUUUUUCAGCAGCGGUUUUUUUCAUCGAUCGCGGUGAUCGCCAUCCAUUUCGUACACCCUUUGCUCGUGUUGCCCCGUCCAACUCCGCCACACCGAACCUGGCAUCGUGCAGCUCAUGCUAAUGAUCGUCUUUCGGUGCGUGAUAAGCAUAUAUAUUCUCACCGAACUGAUGCGAGUGCUGCUGGUACCGAUUGUACGGUAUGCUAUCUGAGCCUGGCUCAGCUCGUGCAGAACUCAGUGGCUCGGCAGCCUCCUUCUUCCGGGAACGACGAAGCAGAAAGAUUACCAGGCCUAUCAAUGCCACCACUAUCGCACCUCCUUACCGCAUUGCCUGCUAUCGCACGAGCUGAUAAUUGUGUGUUGCGUUGGAAAUUUGCUGCAGCUGAAUCCGAAAACGAGUUCCCUGAUCACGAGGUCGUAUUUGUGCUUAUAUCACCCACAGUACCGUUUUGGCACGCUGCUAGGGCUUUGCUACCCAUGACCGGAACCAGCGUGCUGCCUCGACGAAGGGCUGGCUUGCGAAAAUUCAGGAUUAUACCCGAAAGGUGUACUUUCAUGCCAGUCCAACAUCCCGUGGCGUCACUAUAGCCAAGUGGUUGAGUGAAGUUGGCACCAAAAACUUGGUCUUGAUUGUAGCCACCGAGCACAAGUGAUCCGUCAAGGGCGGCAUCAUGCACCAACCUACAUUCGGCGCCAGAAGAUGGAGCAGAGUCUGGCACUGACCUGGCCAGUGUCCGCCAUGGCGUUAAGCAUUGUCGAGUUUCAUCCCAUUCCCAUUGCAUGUAUCAUGGUAGAUCCAUGGUCUCAGGCUAACCUUGGUAUCCCAGCUGGAACACUCGCCG